CUCCUCCUUUUCGUAGCCGGUGACGCGCCGCUGCCUAUUAAUCAUUCACCAGCCGGGAGCGGCGGUCACCGGCAGCCGGAGCGAGCGGUGCCGGCAGCCGCCGCCUGCCGUGCCGGGAGCCCCGCCGGGAUGCCGAGCCCGGGCAGCGGCCGGCGCCUGCCGCUUUGAGCCGGGGGCGGGGGGCGCCGAGGAUGCUCCCCCAUGGCACCUGCCCCAGGCUUCCGGGCGGUGCAGGCAGCCACAGAGGCGGCGGCGACAGCGGUGGCGGCGGAGCCGGCAGCGCCUCGGAGGAGGCGGCGGCGGGGGGCAUGGACUCGGGCGGCAGGAACUCCUCCGGAGCCCCGAACAGCACCCUGAGCGAGUCUCAGGGCAGCGCCAUCCUCAUCUCCUUCAUCUACUCCGUGGUGUGCCUGGUGGGGCUGUGUGGCAACUCCAUGGUCAUCUAUGUGAUCCUGCGCUAUGCCAAGAUGAAGACGGCCACCAACAUCUACAUCCUCAACCUGGCCAUUGCGGACGAGCUGCUGAUGCUCAGCGUCCCCUUUCUGGUCACCUCCACCCUGCUGCACCACUGGCCCUUUGGCUCGCUGCUCUGCCGCCUGGUGCUCAGCGUGGAUGCCAUCAACAUGUUCACCAGCAUCUACUGCCUGACCGUGCUCAGUGUGGACCGCUACAUUGCUGUGGUGCACCCCAUCAAGGCGGCUAGGUACCGCCGGCCCACUGUGGCUAAGAUGGUCAAUCUGGGUGUCUGGGUGCUUUCCAUCCUCAUCAUCCUGCCCAUCAUCAUCUUCUCCAACACAGCGGCCAACAGUGAUGGAACAGUGGCUUGCAACAUGCUCAUGCCAGAGCCCACCCAGAGGUGGCUGGUGGUCUUUGUGGUCUACACCUUUCUGAUGGGCUUCUUGCUGCCCGUGGUGGCCAUCUGUCUCUGCUACAUCCUCAUCAUUGCCAAGAUGCGCAUGGUGGCCCUGAAGGCUGGUUGGCAGCAACGCAAACGCUCGGAGCGCAAGAUCACCCUCAUGGUCAUGAUGGUGGUGAUGGUCUUUGUCAUCUGCUGGAUGCCCUUCUACAUUGUGCAGCUGGUCAACGUCUUUGUAGAGCAGGAUGAUGCCACCAUCAGCCAGCUCUCCGUCAUCUUGGGCUACGCCAACAGCUGUGCCAACCCCAUCCUCUAUGGCUUUCUCUCAGACAACUUCAAGCGGUCCUUCCAGCGGCUGCUGUGCCUCAGUUGGAUGGACAAUGCUGCAGAAGAACCCAUCGACUACUAUGCCACUGCCCUCAAGAGCAGGGCAUACAGCGUGGAGGACUUUCCCCCAGACAACUUGGAGUCAGGGAGCAUGUACAGGAAUGGCACUUGCACCUCCAGGAUUACCACCCUCUGAGGAAGCAUUCCUGCCCCCCGUGCCCCUACUGCCCCCCAGCAGGAGGGUGAGCGAGGCCAGGGCUGUGGCAUGGGGAGGCCGGGAGGGAGGGGGUUUCCGUCCUGCCCACCAACAGUGGUGUUUGGCACAAGAAGGAGUGAAGAAAACCCCACAUCCUCAGUCUGCUACCCCAUCCCUCCCCCAGUGCUCCCCUUGAGAGCGGGUGCAGUUGCUGAUGCUUUGAUGCCCACUUGGCAAAUUGCCACGCUCGUGGGUUGACUUAGGGUCUGGCAGCCAGGCUCUGCCACCCUUCUGUGUGUCUGACAAGUGGCUGUCCGGGUCCUGCAGCGACUCUCCCCUCACCUUUUGUACAGGUUGCCCUCCCCCCUCAGUUGGUGGGACCCUUCCAGGCCACUGAGCCAAGCCUGCUUCAGUCAAAGCCCAGCAUUCAGACUCAGGCUCCCCCCAGCUGAACGUGACCCUGCUCCGCAUCUCUCAGUACGCACUCCCCCCUCAGAGAGUAAAAAUGCUGGGAAAAGGCCCCCCCCCCCAACACACACCUUGCCCUCCUCCAGGAAGGAGCAAGUAGCCUCUCUCUGCCAGCCCCUCCCCUGCCCCCAGAAUAAAAAAGAAAAUGGGGAGCAAAAAGGCCCUGGGAAAAGCAGUGGCAUAGACAUGGAGCCGUCUCUCGCUUCAGAGACAGCUUUCAGCUGGUUGGGACUCUGGCUCUCUGUGCUACGCUCAGGGGAAGCAGGGCAGAAAAGGUCUUCGGAAAAAAAUGUGAUUACUGCCGUGCUUCAGAGGUGCGCAGCAGGUUGCUGAUAAUGAGAGAUAAACAGUCCCAUGACUCACAGGGAGCAGAGCACCGAGCCGGGAGUCGGGGGGGAGCACUGAGUUGGGAAAUGUUUGAAUAUGUCCAUAUGUACAAUAAAGUGUGCUAAUAAUAAAGUUUAAAGGGAGCGCUAGACUGUGAAGCUGCUGUCUUGCGCCUGCUCCAUCAGCUGUGAAACAGCAAUGAAGGGAGCUGAGACAGUUUUGAAUGACCUGGGGCAGCCACAAAGUCACUUUAGCCUACAUGGAAAAAGAGGGAUUGGUUUCAAAAUCUCCAUCAGGCUCUGAAAUAAAUACUUGACAAAAAAAAAAAAAGUAGCUGUUUGAUAAUAGCUAUUACCUUUAGCUUCAGUUUCUUCUGUUGCACUAAAAAAACAAGGGGGUGUGUGUUCGUAUGUUGCCAAUGUAAUAUACUGGCCCAGAGCUGCUUGAUGUUUCAUUUCUGAGAAUUCCUGUUUUUCGUGUGUGCCUGACCUCUUUUUGUUUGAUUUUUUUUAUUUGAUUCUUGUCACUGUGUCGUGAACGUGUUUCUCUGAAGCAGUUUAUACUGUGUACUUAUGUCUGUGGUGGCUACUUGCAAGGUUGCAUUUAAAAUGGAUGAUGCUCAAGAAGGCUCCUUUUCAGAUAAAAAGGUUGUCACUUUUUCUAACUCCUUCAUCUACAUUGUCUCCCCCACAAAAAUUCUCUUGAAUUUUCUCUCUUCCCCUCUAUGACAGAACAAUUUUCAUAUAGACGAAUGAAGCUUUCUUGUUUGAUAAAUGACAGCUGAUUAAACAAAAUCUUCUAUCCCUGCUCCCUCUUAUCCCGUAUGUAAGAAUCGGUACGGACUACGUUGAAAUAAGCAGCUAUGUUUCUUGCUUUCUACCACCUGUGUUAACAGUGUCACACAGUGGCAGGUGUCCCAGUAGCUGUGACAAAUCACUUCUUUAGCACAAUACUGUGGUUGUAUUAAUUAUAACUACUGGCAAUCUGAAGCAAGAGAUUGGGAAAAAUCUCUAGUAGCAGCAUACCCAUAGCAUUGUACUGGUAGCUUAAGUACUGUGCUUAAGUACAGCGUUGUGUAAGGUUGACAAUUAAGGCAUCUAGCAUUUGCAGUCAUGGACUUACUACAGGUUUUUGUUAACUUACACCCUUUUAACUUUUCUCAGCAGCAAAAAGCAGAAUACUACUUUGUACAUUUCUUUCACCAAAAAUUAGGUACUGUUAAAUGAAUGUAUAAAUUUAGUAUUAAAAAGUUGUCUGAUUCAAAGCCCAUUGAAACGAGUGAAAAAACACGAAUUCACUUCAAAGGGCUGUGAGUCAGCUCCUUUUAGUUUAAAAAUUGCUAAUGUGAAGAUGUUACAUCCUUAUUAAAAUAUUUUGUGAAAAGGUUUAA